CCCAAUCUCCCACAACGAGCUGUGGCAUCCAACCCGCGAUUACUUUCGCUUUCAAAAAUCACUUUAAUUUCGACUUCAUAGCUUACACCGCCGACCAACUGCAAUCAUGGAUCGCAUUAAGGAGAAAAUGAACCAGCUCCGCCUGGAGGCCGAGGAGUCGUCUGCCAAGGUCGAGGAGCUCCAGGCCAAGGUCAAGGCGCUCGAGCAGGAGAACCUUCAGAAAGAGCAGGAGAUCAUCUCCCUCACGCACAAGAACAGCUUGCUCGAGGCCGAGGUAGAGAAAUACGAGGCCCAAGUCAAGGAACUCAAGGCUGCUGCCAGCGAAGGACAGCAGCACGGAACCCAGAACGAAACGCUGACUCGAAGGCUCCAACUUCUCGAGGAAGAGGCCGAGGAAGCUGACCGGACGUUGCGUGAGGCCAACGAGAAGCUGCGGCAGACCGACGUCAAGGCCGGACACUUCGAGCGGAAAGUCCAGGCUCUCGAACAGGAGCGCGAUCAGUGGGAGGCCAAGUACGAGGAGAUGGCCAAGAAGUACGCGGCUGUGCAGAAGGAGCUGGAGGACUUCCAGAACGAGAUCAACACCAUCUGAGCGGAGCCCGCUUCGGUCGGGUGGCCGGGUUCGUUACGUCGAGCUAUGUAUUCCGGGUUCUGAUUCCGUACCUGCGGUUUGUCGCAUCGGGGGACGAUGGUUGGAGAUGGACCAGUCAAUAGCGCUGCCUAAAUACUUGCGAAGUGUUGCGGCAGCACAAUCACACAUCCCUUCAGCCCUCACCCGUGCGAGCGCAGUUCGUUCUCCAGGAAUCUCGUGGUUUUGUCAAGGUCGACCCUGACUAGCCUAUCUCUUCCUUCGCUUUGCCCUCUGCUUCCGCGCUUCCAACUCUCUUUGCAGCUUGUUUUCGUACCGGAACUUCUUCUUUUUCUUCCG